AUGUUGAUAAGGGCUGCAUUUUCUCAACUUUUAGAAAGUUCUAUUUGCCUGAACUCGGUUUCGGUUAGUGGUGAUGUUAUGACGAUUGAAAGUUCUUCAGACUAUACAGAUACAGAAGCAAGAAAAAAAUUAAUCAAUGGCAACAUUCGAAAAAUUAUUAUUGGUGAAGAAGCCGAGAUACAAGCAUUCAGCGGUUUUAAUUAUAUUACAGAUUUAGAAAUCACAUCUACAUACAUUUUUGAGAUUCCGGAAAAAUUGUUUUAUGAAAACAAUAUAAUACAAACUGUUACUCUUCCACAAAAUGUAGAAUCCAUCGGAGAUUACGCGUUUGCUUUUUCUUCUAUAGAAACUAUAAAUCUUGAAUAUGUAACUUCUAUCAGAAAAAAUGCUUUUGAGAACUGUCAUAAGUUAUCAGUUGUUUCAUUAAAUCAAGAUUAUAUCAUUGAAGAGUAUACAAUUGCAAAUAGUGGAAUUACUACAAUUUCAAUCAAUAAUUGUCCAGAAUAUGCAUUUUUUAAUUGUUUUGAUCUUCGCCAAGUUACAAUAUCAAAACUUGUACUCAGAUUUCCCAAUAUGCAUUUGCGCAUUGCGCAAAAUUAA